CGGCCUUUCCCCAAUCUGCAGCUCCAGUUUUAGCUGGAGAAUUAUGGUAUGUGACAGCCUUUUAAGGCUUAAAUUGUUCAUUUAGUUUGCUGGCUGUGUAUGUCCGAAUUUUGCUAGAAAAAUGGGGAAGAAUUUGAUAGCUUUAGGACCAUGAUUGAGCUUAAUUGAAGUGGGAUUUAUGUGAUUGAGUGUUAAUUGACUACUGUGUGAUUUUUGGAGAAAAUCCCGUGAAUUAGCUAGUGUUGGCCAAUUUUGGAAGUGCAGUUACUGUUCACGGUACUGUUCAUAGGUACUACUCAUGGGUUUGUGAUAUAAGAACGAAAUUGGAGAUAUCUGAUAAUGUGGAGAUUGAUAGGAAAUAGCAUUGUGAUUAGGGGAUGAUCCUAAUGAUGAUUUCAGUUUGAAUUUGUGAUAGUCUGGUAAUUAAUUCGUGGAUAUUUUGAUUAGGUUCUUGAUUGUUCUGUUAGUUUAGUACGUGACUUGAGUGCUCGGUUUUGCGGAGUGAGGUAAGUAAAUUAUGGUAACGCCCUUUGAUUUUAAAAGCAUGUUUUGAUUUGUUUUCGAAGUGGUGGUGGGACUAAACCCGUUUUACACAAGUAUGACUGAUUUGAAGUGAAAUGUUUUAUGCUUUUCAUUAAAUUGAGCAUGCUUACUUGAAAUUUAAGUGACUGUCCUGAUGAUCUGAAAGAGAUUGUGAAUUGUGAUUUUCCUGUUAACUUAUGCCUGUUUUGUCUCCGAUGUGGUCAUGUUAUUCGUGACCCUGCUAGUGGGGAGGUUAUAAACGCUAGCACAUGUCGGCACAUGUCGAUAUGUUAUUCGUGACCCUGCUAGUGGGGGAGGUUAUAAACGCUAGCACAUGUCGACAUGUUAUUGAUAGAACCGGUUCGUUGAGUGACCCUACUUGUGGGGGUUAUACACCAGCAAACAGUGACUCUGCUUGUGGGGAUUAUACACCAGCAAACGGUGCGCCUGCCAGGGGGUGUUAGACGCUGGCCAUGACCUAUAAAGGAGACGUCUAUUUCGUUCCCAUACUGUAUCCGUUUUGCGUGAUUGCACAUGUUGGCAUGCUAUAAGUUUAAUAAUGGGCACUCCAUAUUUUACUUACUGAGUUUAUCUCAUAGUUUUUCCUUGUCCACCAUUUCAGGAAGUGAAUCCGAGGACGGGGAAACCACGGGAAGUGACGAGUUAAAAGGCUAGCCAUAUUGUAAUUGAACAUAGACUUUAUAAUUUGAUCUUCAGAUUUUGAUGGUAUCAGAGUAUGAUAUGAUUAAGUUCCAAGCCUUAUGCAUUUGUGGGACUCGUCUCGCGAGUGCACGGCGUCUGUCGCGCCUCGAAUUUGAGUUUGGGGCGUGACAUGCAUAAAAUUAAUUAUAAAUUUACACAUUAUAUUAUACAUAAAUAGUGUACUAAAAACAUUGUACCCUAGCCAUUUUUGGGGUAAAAAACAUAUUGAGUAGGA